AGUGACGGGUCGGGGCGGAGGUGGGAGAAGCGUGAGGCUUUGGACCCGGGCCAGGUUCUUGUACUUCCAGCUGGGAGUAUAAAUUGGCGGCUGCUCAGCGGGGGCCGGAGAGGAGAGUUGUGCUGCUCACUCACAAUAUCUGACUUGCUAGAUCCCUGCCGGUACCAACAUGAGACCCAUAUGGACCCUGCUGCCCCUCGCUGUGCUGACUGCGCUUCUCUGGGACACGGCCGACACACAAGGUACAGGGAACAUCGUUGCAGAUUGCUGCCUUAAAACCAGUGACAAGCGUAUCCCCCCGGGGGCCGUCAGGGCCUAUCAGCUUCAGAGCCGGAGUAACGGCUGCACCGAGACCGCCAUCGUGUUCAUCACUAAAAGUGACAAGAGGCUGUGUGCCCCCCCGCAGCUGAAGUGGGUCAGGAAGCUGAUUGAGAAGUUGGACAAAGCGGGAAAGAAAUCCCUGAAAAGGAAGAGCCCCCCAAGUGGAGCAGGAGGGAAAAGAAGCCGAGGGGACCUUCCAGCUGAUGGAUAAGGAGGAUGAGGAUGGAGCAGCGCCACGGCACCAUGGCGGAUCCGCAGUCUCAGCAUUGGAACGUUUCUGGUGGCGCCAACCAUGGGUUCAAGUCAUCUUUGGUUCCCUACAAGCUCCAUGGAACAUGGGCACCACCACCCCCUCCCCUACAUUGUAUCUCGUUAUAUUUUCCCUCUGCGGCUGUUCCUAUUGGGUUUCACACUUACUCUAUGGGGCCACAAACUCAAUAUUUUUGGUAUAUGGGCUUUAGCUCUCUGUGCUUCAGCCUGAGGCUCCUCCUGCUACGGGUGAAGUUUUGCUUUGUAUAUUCGCAUUCUUACAUACAGAAUCCCCCAGUAGGAAGGUAUAGGUUACUAUAGCUCGGAGUAAUUCUCCACUUGUGGGCCGCCAUAUUGUUUUCCUACAGAGGAGCCAUUAGUCCCUCACACAAUGAGUGAUGCUCCACUGACCCAAGCAACAAGGCAGCUCUAGCCAUGGAUUAACCCAAUAAACUCAGGGUUUGAGAGCUCAAAAGAACCUGUUUACAAUUGGUAGGAACAAAAAUGGGCACAAAAUGGCAGCCAAUUAAAUCCCUUGUUAUGUAGGUACUUCCACCUAUUUGGUAUUCAGCAAAUCUAGGGUUGUAGGGUUGUAUGGGUGCUGGAACACCCACAUUGCAACUGAGCCCAAUGUACCCAAUGGGUGCAACCUUAACCGCUGCAUUGGGUGCAAGUGGUGCCACACACACAACGCUGGGUGAGAAUGCUGGGAAAACAUGGCGGAUACAUUGCUUUUUGUACUUUUUGCUUUAAAUCCCUGUUGAAAUGUGACAUUAUGGGACCAGCCAAUGGGCAUUUGUUCUACAUUGCUGUUCCCCAGACUAUAAGCUUCUCUGGGUUUUGCCUUCGCUACAUUCACAUUUGCUCCAUCUGCUGUUAUUUACUCAUUCUCCUAGAACCCUGGGCCAUAGACAAUAGGGUAGAACAAGACUCUUCAUCACACAUUUUUGAGGUCUCUCUCUUAGUCUCACCAACAGCCAUGUUUUAUGGUCAUUGACUGGAAGAACCCAACUCAAUGGUCAUGGCCAACAAAAAAGCCCAGGAAGCCAAUGUGUCCCACCUCUCAAUGGUUCUUUGGGCCGGCUAGAGAACCCGACCAACUGAUUGGUGGCUCUUGUGGGCCCUCUUGUUUCCCAUUGACCCCUUGGGGAGUCAGCAGUCCUAUGAUGAGGAUUAAUGGGAUACACAGGCUGGGGGGGUCAGUAACGGAACUUCUCCAAAAUCUAAAUUCUGGAAUUUUCUACUAUUUUCUCUCCAUUUAUUGGCUGCAUUGCCCGGUGUCUCCUGUCCAGUAACAGCUCUGCCAUCUACAGCCACCAACAGCAGCCAAACCAUUGUUCUCAUUGGUUCCCAGUGGCACCAACCAAUCAGUAGACAGCUUACCUAAAACAGCUACUCUGAUUGGUCGCUAAGGAUUACUAGACUGGGCCUAUCGCUACACUUUCUUUUUCAAUGACAAUGUUUGAAAAUGUGAAAAGGUUUUAGUAAGAGAGUAUUUACACUAUAGUUACCCAGUGUAUGUUUUGUCAUAUUUUUAUACUUUUUAUAUUCUGUAUAAUCUGCAAUAAAUAUACUGAAAAUCA